AGACGGCUCCAGACGAUACCAUACCAUAGUUAGUUUUUAAACAUUCACUAUAUCGCCGUGUCCGAUUAUUUGCUUUCGUAAAUUGAAGUGUAUCCAGAUAUCUAUGAAUAAAUUAUGACAAAAAAAACUAAAAUCCUUGGCGUUAAGGAAAAAAAAUCAGCUGAACAAAUACAGCGAAAUGAAAAUUCGAAUGAAGAAACAGAAGUAAAAAAUGUUAAUUAUUAUGAGAAAGUUAAAGACGUAAUUAAAAAUAAAUUUGUUUUGUUUAAAGAUAAAUUUGAAAAUUGUUGCGGGUUUAGUUGGAGUGAUCUGAAGAGUUUUGACAAUUUUGUGAGACUUUUGUACCGGCCAACGGACCCUGCGAGUCUUGGAGUCGCUCGCGCGUUAUUUGGAUUAUGUAUGGUACUGGAUGUAGUUGAAGAACGAGGUUUAGCAGAUAUAGACUUGAAAUGGGGAGAUCCAUACAGCUGUCAUUUUCCUUUAAUACACGGAAUGCAACCACUAAGUUUACCCUGGAUGAUCCUUCUAUUCACAGUAAUGUGGCUCGGAGCCUUUGGAAUCAUGCUCGGGUUCUGCUUCAAGCUCGCCUGCGCCUGCUUCCUCAUUCCCUACUGGUACAUAUUUCUUCUAGACAAAAGUUUCUGGAAUAAUCACAGCUAUCUUUAUGGAGUUGUAACACUGUUGCUGUGGGGAACCCAAGCCAAUCGAUACUUCUCCCUCGACGCGGUGGUUUACAAACAAAACGAAGACCAAAAUCAAAACCAAUCAAUUCCUCUCUGGAAUUACUUCAUAAUAAAAUUCCAAUUCUUCGCGCUGUAUUUCUUAGCCGGACUGAAGAAAUCAAGCAAAGAAUGGUUGGAUGGUUACUCAAUGACCAACUUAUCAGAACACUGGGUGUUCGACCCCUUCAAAAUGUUCCUCACAACCGAGCAAACGGAUUUUUUUAUCGUCCACUGGUUUGGAUUUAUCUUCGACCUCACCGUCGGCUUCUGGAUGCUCUUCGACAAGACAAGAAUUCCCGCAAUGAUUUUCUGCACAGCUUUUCAUUUAAUGAACUCAAGACUCUUCAGUAUUGGGAUGUUUCCUUAUGUUUGUUUAGCGACGAUGCCACUUUUCUGUCGCGUUGACUGGCCAAGAAAAUUUAUCAAAAAAUUCAAAAUAUCGUCAAUUAAUGGAGAAUGUGAUUCUAGUUCAUCUAAUCAAAAUAAUGGUACAAAUUUUGCAACUGAUCAUCAAAAAAAUGAAGACAAAUUUACAUCUGAUGGGAAUAUGUUCCGUGAAAAUGAAACUGAAAACUCGGGAUCAAAAAUUUCUGGACUAAAUUUAGAAGUGAAAAAUUUUAAACCAACAAAGAAACAAAAAUUUGUUGUCUCCUUAUUACUGGUCCAUAUUUUUCUACAAUUUUUCUUACCAUACUCGCAUUUCAUUACAAAGGGCUACAACAACUGGACACCUGGUCUGUAUGGAUAUUCUUGGGACAUGAUGGUCCAUUCCUGGGACACGGUACUGAUUGUAGUUCGCGUCCACGAUAAUGAAAAAAAUGAAGACCACUUUGUAGACCCCCGUGCCUGGGUCCAGAAUGACAAGUGGUCAAAACACGGGGACAUGGCGAUCCAGUACGCGCAGUGUCUGAAAAAUAAUCUGCUUCGCAGAAAGAAGGAAGUUCUGAAGACCGCUUAUGGUAAAAACUCGGGAAGCUUAAGGGAGUGGUCGCAGAUUUCCAAUAAUCUGAGUAUUUAUAUUGAUGUCCGCUGCUCAUUGAACGGGAGAUUCCAGCAGCGAAUUUUCAACCCGGAUGUAGACAUGCUGACAGUAGACUGGCAUCCCUUCAAGCCCGUCAGUUUUCUCAUGCCUCUUUUGACGCAAUUGAGCUCUUAUAGAAAAAAAAUGGACGAAAUAACGAGACACGUUUAUUCCUGGUCUAAUUUUACUGAUGUGUUUUUCGUCGCGGAUUACCCGGGAAUGAUGUUAGAAAAUUAUUUCAGUGAGGACUUUAGCAACAUUUCGUUGACAAUUUUAGAAGGAGAAGUUACUUAUGUUGAUGAAGAUUCUACGGACAAAGUUACGCUCACUAAAGAUCGCAGUGUAUCGGUUUCUUGUGGUAAAUUACAUGAAGUAACUACUACUAGUGCUUAUCCAUCUUGUUAUAUGUAUACUUAUACAAAUCAAUCUAGAGAAAAUUUGGAAAUUAUUCAUAAAAAUCCUGAACCACCAAGACGACGAUCUGGAUUCCCCAUCAUGAAAGAAAUUCGAUACAAAAUAAAUGCCUGGUGGCGCGCAUUCGGACACAUUGCCAACGCAUUCUUCUAUCUUGCAUACGAUGUUCCAAUGCUUCGAAGAGUUCCUCGGGCACUUAAUUAUUACGAGUAUGAUUAAUAAUAAUAUACUCAUAGCCGACACUCGAACCUACGUAACAAGACACCACACUGAUAUUACAAUUAUUAUUAUUGUUAUUAUUAUUAAUAUUAUUGUUAUUAUUAUUAAUUGAUUUGAUUUAUUUAAAAAUGUUUAUAGAAAAAAAAACUGUGAUUAAUAUAUGUAGAUUAUAUCUAA